AUUGUCCCCCGCCGGGCGGCUGGGCUGUGUGCGGCGGCGGCGGCGGCGGCGGCCGAGGGGGAUGGAGCGAGCGCCGAGCCGGGUCAGAGUUGAACAAUGACCAUAGUUGACAAAGCUUCUGAAUCUUCAGACCCAUCAGCCUAUCAGAAUCAGCCUGGCAGCUCUGAGGCAGUCUCACCUGGAGACAUGGAUGCAGGUUCUGCCAGCUGGGGUGCUGUGUCUUCAUUGAAUGAUGUGUCAAAUCACACACUUUCUUUAGGACCAGUACCUGGUGCUGUAGUUUAUUCGAGUUCAUCUGUACCUGAUAAAUCAAAACCAUCACCACAAAAGGAUCAAGCCCUAGGUGAUGGCAUCGCUCCUCCACAGAAAGUUCUUUUCCCAUCUGAGAAGAUUUGUCUUAAGUGGCAACAAACUCAUAGAGUUGGAGCUGGGCUCCAGAAUUUGGGCAAUACCUGUUUUGCCAAUGCAGCACUGCAGUGUUUAACCUACACACCACCUCUCGCCAAUUACAUGCUAUCACAUGAACACUCCAAAACAUGUCAUGCAGAAGGCUUUUGUAUGAUGUGUACAAUGCAAGCACAUAUUACCCAGGCACUCAGUAAUCCUGGGGACGUUAUUAAACCAAUGUUUGUCAUCAAUGAGAUGCGGCGUAUAGCUAGGCACUUCCGUUUUGGAAACCAAGAAGAUGCCCAUGAAUUCCUUCAAUACACUGUUGAUGCUAUGCAAAAAGCAUGCUUGAAUGGCAGCAAUAAAUUAGACAGACACACCCAGGCCACCACUCUUGUUUGUCAGAUAUUUGGAGGAUACCUAAGAUCUAGAGUCAAAUGUUUAAAUUGCAAGGGCGUUUCAGAUACUUUUGAUCCAUAUCUUGAUAUAACAUUGGAGAUAAAGGCUGCUCAGAGUGUUAACAAGGCAUUGGAGCAGUUUGUGAAGCCGGAACAGCUUGAUGGAGAAAACUCAUACAAGUGCAGCAAGUGUAAAAAGAUGGUUCCAGCUUCAAAGAGGUUCACUAUCCAUAGAUCCUCUAAUGUUCUUACACUUUCUCUGAAACGUUUUGCAAAUUUUACUGGUGGAAAAAUUGCUAAGGAUGUGAAAUACCCUGAGUAUCUCGAUAUUCGGCCAUAUAUGUCUCAACCCAACGGAGAGCCGAUUGUCUAUGUCUUGUAUGCAGUGCUGGUCCACACUGGUUUUAAUUGCCAUGCUGGCCAUUACUUCUGCUACAUAAAAGCUAGCAAUGGCCUCUGGUAUCAAAUGAAUGACUCCAUUGUAUCUACCAGUGAUAUUAGAUCGGUACUCAGCCAACAAGCCUAUGUGCUCUUUUAUAUCAGGUCCCAUGAUGUGAAAAAUGGAGGUGAACUUACUCAUCCCACCCAUAGCCCUGGCCAGUCUUCUCCCCGCCCCGUCAUCAGUCAGCGGGUUGUCACCAACAAACAGGCUGCGCCAGGCUUUAUCGGACCACAGCUUCCUUCUCAUAUGAUAAAGAAUCCACCUCACUUAAAUGGGACUGGACCAUUGAAAGACACGCCAAGCAGUUCCAUGUCGAGUCCUAACGGGAAUUCCAGUGUCAACAGGGCUAAUCCUGUUAAUGCUUCAGCUUCUGUCCAAAACUGGUCAGUUAAUAGGUCCUCUGUGAUCCCAGAACAUCCUAAGAAACAAAAAAUUACCAUCAGUAUUCACAACAAGUUGCCUGUUCGCCAGUGUCAGUCUCAGCCUAACCUUCAUAGCAAUUCUUUGGAGAACCCUACCAAGCCCGUUCCCUCUUCUACCAUUACCAAUUCUGCAGUACAGUCUACCUCGAACGCAUCUAUGAUGUCAGUUUCUAGUAAAGUAACAAAACCGAUCCCCCACAGUGAAUCCUGCUCCCAGCCCGUGAUGAAUGGCAAAUCCAAGCUGAACUCCAGCGUGCUGGUCCCCUAUGGCGCCGAGUCCUCUGAGGACUCUGACGAGGAGUCGAAGGGACUGGGCAAGGAGAAUGGGAUUGGUGCGAUUGUGAGCUCCCACUCUCCCGGCCAAGAUGCCGAAGAUGAGGCAGCUCCGCACGAGCUCCAAGAACCCAUGACCCUAAACGGUGCUAAUAGUGCAGACAGCGACAGUGACCCAAAAGAAAACGGCCUGCCGCCUGAUGGUGCCAGCUGCCAAGGCCAGCCUGCCCUGCACUCAGAAAAUCCCUUUGCUAAGGCAAACGGUCUUCCUGGAAAGUUGAUGCCUGCUCCUUUGCCGUCUCUCCCAGAAGACAAAAUCUUAGAGACCUUCAAGCUUAGCAACAAACUGAAAGGCUCGAUGGAUGAAAUGAGUGCACCUGGAGCAGAGAGGGACCCUCCCGAGGACCGCGACGCCGAGCCCCAGCCUGGCAGCCCCGCCGCCGAAUCCCUGGAGGAGCCAGAUGCGGCCGCCAGCCUCAGCAGCACUAAGAAGGCUCCGCCGCCCCCCGAUCCCGGCACCCCCGCUACCAAAGAAGGCGCCUGGGAGGCCAUGGCCGCCGCCCCCGAGGAGCCUCCGCCCAGCGCCGGCCAGGACAUCGCGGGGGACACAGCACCCCCUGACCUGUGUGAUCCCGGGAGCUUAACAGGCGACGCGAGCCCGCUGUCCCAGGACGCAAAGGGGAUGAUCGCGGAGGGCCCGCGGGACUCGGCAUUGGCGGAAGCCCCGGGGGGGUUGAGUCCGGCUCCGCCUGCGCGGUCGGAGGAGCCUUGCGAGCAGCCACUGCUUGUUCACCCCAGCGAGGACCACGCCCGGGACGCUCCGGACCCAUCGCAGAGCUCGGGCGCGCUGGAGGCCGCAGAGGGGCCGCCAGCUCCUGUGUUGGACGUGGCCCCGGCCGGCCACCCGGAAUGGGACGCUGAGCCUAGCCCCGGCGAAAGGGUCGAGGACGCCGCGGCGCCGAAAGCCCUAGGCCCUUCCCCAGCGAAGGAGAAAAUCGGCAGCCUCAGAAAGGUGGACCGAGGCCACUACCGCAGCCGGAGGGAGCGCUCGUCCAGUGGGGAGCUCGCCAGAGACACCAGGAGCAAGACCGAGGGCCACCGUCACCGGCGGCGCCGCACCUGCACACGGGAGCGCGACCGUCAGGACCGCCACGCCCCGGAGUACCACCCCGGCCACAGCGACAGGCUCAGCCCCGGCGAGCGCCGCUCUCUGGGCAGGUACAGUCACCACCACUCCCGACACCGGAGCGGGGCGGAGCCGGACUGGGUCAGACACCACUAUACUGAGGGCGAGCAUGGCUGGGGCCGGGAGAAGUUCUACUCCGACAGGCCGCGCUGGGACAGGUGCCGGUACUACCAUGACAGGUACGCCCCGUACGCUGCCCAGGACUGGAAGCCCUUCCACGGCGGCCGCGAGCACGAGCGAGCCGGGCUGCACGAGCGGCAGCACAAGGACCACAACCGGGGCCGUAGGAGCUGGGAGCCCGCCCGGGAGAGGGAGCGGCACCGCCCCAGCAGCCCCCGUGCAGGCGCGCCCCACGCCCUCGCCCCGCACCCCGACCGCUUCUCCCACGACAGAACUGCACUUGUAGCCGGAGACAACUGUAACCUCUCUGAUCGGUUUCACGAACACGAAAAUGGGAAGUCCCGGAAACGGAGACACGACAGCGUGGAAAACAGUGACAGUCAUGUCGAGAAGAAAGCCUGGAGGAGCGAACAGAAGGAUCCUCUAGAAGAGCCUAAAGCGAAGAAGCACAAAAAAUCAAAGAAGAAAAAGAAAUCCAAAGACAAACACCGAGACCGCGACUCCAGGCAUCAGCAGGACUCAGACCUCUCAGCAGCGUGCUCUGACACUGACCUCCACAGACACAAAAAAAAGAAGAAGAAAAAGAAGAGACAUUCAAGAAAAUCAGAGGACUUUGUUAAAGAUUCAGAACUGCACUUACCCAGGGCCGCCAGCUUGGAGACUGUUGCCCAGUUCCGGAGAGCCCAGGGUGGCUUUCCUGUCUCUGGUGGCCCGCCUCUGGAAGGCGUCGGACCUUUCCGUGAGAAAACGAAACACUUACGGAUGGAAAGCAGGGAUGACAGGUGUCGUCUCUUUGAGUAUGGCCAGGGUGAUUGAAAACUCAGCCUCAAAACAAAAAAUUCACUAGUUAUGAUUCAACGCGUUCAACAGAAGCCAUCCCCAGCCCAGCUUAAAUUAUAGACAAUAACUCUGUUCCAAUCUGCGUGGUGCUUCUUUAGUAAAUACUGUACAGAUUUUACCAUGGAGAACUUUUUUUUUAGUUUUUACCUUUUCUUAAUUACCCUUAUUCCGAAUGGACGAACACUUUCUACCACUGCUGACCAUUGUAAAAUACCGUGUAUAUAAAUCCCAUUGAAAUAAUGCCCUGGAAUAGAACAUCUCAAAUGCUGCUUAAUUACAGACUCAGGUCGAUUACUUGUAUUUCUUGUAACGUUCCUCCAAGUUAGACAUCUGGUGCAAGACCAACCGGGAGACCAUGGAAUUGUCAAACGUACAAACUGACAGUGUGUAUAUUUAAUUUAAAGACUUAUUUAAAAACUCACAAGCUCUCACCUAGACUUUGGAGAGCAGUCUGUUUUCUGUAAUGUCUGAUACUAGAAACUAAUUUGCUUAUUUUAGUUGUAUUCAAGAUUUGAAGAUGUAUUUUAUAGACAAGUUCUGUUUUUGAACUUUGUGGAACUGUUCCAAUCAAUUUCCCAGUUAUGAUGAGUAUUUACAUUAUGAAUGUAUAACCCAGACAUGAUUUGUAAAGCCGACAGUAUGUUUCUAUUACACAACACUUUUUGAUACAGCGUCUCUUGUCUUCACUGAUACUGGAGUCUCCGUUGUCUGCUUGGUCCCUUCGAGUUUCUAGUUACAGAUACAAUCAAUCAUACUGUGAUUUUAUUUUUAAUAUGGAUAUGCUAUCAAACUGUGAUACACUUAUAAUUCACUGGUCCUGCAUCAGGAGAUGGAGUGGGGAAAACUGUAUUUAAUACAGUUUGUAUCUGAAUAAUCUGUAUGGUUUAUACAGUUUGUGUUGUUCAGAGAUGUUUAAAGUUUGAUCUUUGUUUUUUUAAAGAUUAAAAAAGCACUUGCCCCACUGUAAAUAUACAGCAUGUAAAAUUUCUAUAGUAUAUAAAUGGCAGCAAAUCACA